GAAGAACUAAUAAUGAGUAGCAUAGUGAAUAAGUUGUUGUAUGCAAAGAAGUAUGCUGAAGCGGUGGCAUAUGUUACAGGUGACAAUGUCCGUUAUAGGAAACUUGAAGAGAUCACUGUUGAGGAGGACAAAAUUGUAGUUUACGGCGAAAUACUUUCAAUAAAAAAAUAUAAUCCAGACAGUACACGUAAACUUGCAAAUAGCAAGGGUUUGGUCAUCUCCAAGUAUGACCGUUUAGUGUUGUUUCGGGAGGUGGUUGGUGGCAGCCCUUUUUAUGUUCUCUGUCAAAAUCAGGCGGAGAGCAACAAGUUAUUCUGGCGAUAUACGGAUAUACACAUUGGAUGUGUAGUUGCCUUUUUCGAACCGAUCAUCGGUGCCUCAAUCCACGGGAUAAAACAACUUAGCUGUAUCAGCAAACCAGUCCCCGUACGCAAUGCGGCAAUUGCAAAUAUUAAUACAGUGAUGCCCGAGUUUGAAGAACUCAACCAUAUUCAAUGUUUCACCGUCCAGAGUGAUAUUUGCAUCUUUCGACCUAGUAUAAUUCGUGCAUGCGCAAGUCGGGGUUGUGAUUCACAGCACAUGGAGCCCUACAAAAAGUGCCCAAGUUUUGGCGGUGGCCGAGUAAAUUGCAUUUCAAUGCACGGCUACUUCCAGAUCAAAGAAUUAUCAAGUAUAACUGAAGAUACUGUACAAUUUUGCAGUGAAAGUCUUGCAGCAGUGUUCAUUCAUGAAGACAGUCGUAAAAUGAGCGAAGCAGGCUUCCCCGACAUCAAGAAUGCAGUAGAAGAUAUCCUGGCUUAUUAUAAAGAAAACCAAACUUCAUUUCUUGUGUCGGGAUGGUAUAAGCGUCGCCACGAAGCGGAUAACACCCCCUCUGCUAGUAUUACCCUGCACCUCUCGUCUGUGCGACCGCAAAAUAUAAUUGUUGGUGCUCCAUUAUUUAGACAAGUUGUUAAUCAUGAUGCAAUGGCGGAUGCGGGGGCGCCUGUGGUAGAUGAGGGAGGAGAGGUAUAGGUGGCGUGGCAGUUGUUGCAGUUUCAAAGACAUUCAAAGGAAAUCAAAGAAAUAUGUUUUCUAAUUUGAACAUUUCUGUUUAUUGUUCAUGCAAGCAUGUUGCAGAGUGAAAUUCGUGUUGAUAUAUUUAAGUAGAGGAUCAGUACUACCGGUUGUGAUCAGUGCAGCAUCAGUAUCAGUGGAGAGGAUCAGUACUAAAAGUGAAGGUUUUUUUUUUUGAGGAUUAUAACAAGUCAAGGAUUGCAAGUCAUUUGCAUUUUAACAAGAUCUCAAGCUUGAAUAAACUUAUGAUGUGAUACAACGUAAUGGGGAAGAAAUUGUGUUUGCUCCAGGAGCACAUAAGGAUCUCUUGUUCCUACUCUCUUUCAUUCAUUCAUGUUUGCUGAUAUGAAUGUUUUGCGUAAAGGUAGUGUAGGAUCCUUUGUUUCCUUUUUGCGUUUUGACCAUGUUUCUUCAUAUUCAAAAUGUGAUGUUAUUUCGGGUUGGAUUUUGCUGGGAGAAUCUGCCACUUUUUCCUUUGUUUGAGCAUACAUCACUUGAAGAAAGUUUCCUGCUGUUCUUCUCUUUCACAUUCUAGAAUGUGCUCCUUCACAAUUUUGUGCCACUCUUCCCACUUAAGGGGAAGGUGUAGCCUGAUAUGAUGUAAGCUUUGCAAGUGCUUAGUUUCUAAAUCGUGGUAUGAAAAUUAAGAGCACAUCUAGGUUUCACAUUCUUGAUUGUUAGCAGCAAAUUUUUGUGUGCUUUAUGAGUUACCUCGUAUCUUAUUGUUUACACAAGUGCAUAAGCGGGCCGCAAGAUUCAAAAAAGUAAUAGAGAUUUGUCAGUUAGUAGCUGCAACAUUCUAGUAAGUAGAAAGAAAAUUCUUAGUCUUUUGAAUGAGACAUAAAUGCUCAAGGUCAUAAAGUCACGGCAAAGCUGGAAGCACAAUCUUUUGACUGCGGCCAUACGCUGUCUUCCAAUGACACAAAGAAAUGACCUGAGCUUGUAAAGGCUUGAAUCCAUAGCAACCUAUAGCUCCAAUGCUUCUCAUCUUGGAGAAGCCUUCCUUGCGCAUUCAGUGGCAGUAACACAUGCACUUCACUAUUUCUCACUUAGCGGCCUUUCAAUUUUUGAAAUUUAAAUUUAAAAGCAAUGUUUAGUAUUUUUUAACAAUAUUUGAUACAUUAUAUUGUAUGAUUGCCAGCGGCUGUCAUCAUCUUGGUGAUGGACGUCCAAUGUGGUGUGAGAAGCUUUUUUUCAACGUAAUUUUGUUGAAUACAUUGGUCAUGCUAUUCAUUUCAUGGUUGUCUUUUUAAUGUUAAUGCAAGGAGUUCAAAUAAAGAUUAUUUUCAUC